AUGGAGCUGAAGAGCGGUGGCCGCAUCACCCGCUUCCUCUCCGGCGAGGAGCUGGCCAAGGUGGCGAUGAUGCAAUUGCAGCAGCAGCAGCAGAAGAGCCAGUCAACGAAAGAAACUGAGGCGACCACGAUCACCUCCACCACCACCACGCCCUUGCCCGAGUCCACCUUCAACCUGACGCUGAAGAGGGAGGAGCAGGAGGCAAAGGACAGUCUGGUGCUGCCCUACACCAGGAAAAGCCAGCCAAACACGGGAGGAACCGCUGCAAACACUGGUGCUGGAGGUGGUGGUUGUGGCGGUCAGAUAGUGUACCACUACGAUCAGUUUGAUGACUUUGACGAGGACGACCCCGAUGAUGAUCUGGACUUUUAA